AUGGCCAAGCUUGCGGAAGGAGAUUCAGGAACCAUUGGCUCCAUCCAACAGACACCACCAAACCGCUCCAGCUCCAUCAAAGUCAUAGUGACAGGAGGUCUUGGAUUUGUGGGUUCAGCCAUUGUCCGAUCUUUGCAGGAAUUCCAUCCCGACUGGCACGUCUGGAUUCUCGAUAGGCAUGAGGAUCCACGACAAGGAAACCCUGACGCGCGAGAUGAUGAGCUGGACUUACUCAGGGGUUGCAAAUAUGACUAUGUCCAGGCGGACAUCACGAACCAGGGCGGCGUCAUGGAUGCGCUUGCCAUGAUCGACGCAGAUGCCGUUAUCCACUCAGCAGGUAUUGUGCCGUCGUUGAGCGAGAGGUAUGCGCGACGCCUGGAAGCGUUGGUCAAAGCUGUCAACGUGGAAGGGACACGGCACAUGGUCGAGGCGGCCAGAAGGAGCAGAUGCAAAGCAUUUGUGUACACGAGUAGUUGCUGCGCUGUGAUAGACGACAUGAGCCAGCCGUAUGCCAACAUUGAUGAGAGGUGGCCAGUUGCACCCAAGUCGUCCAUCUACGGCGAGAGUAAAGCCGAAGGGGAGUGGAUAGUGCUGGAAGCAAACAAUCAGAAAAUGUCGACCUGCGUGCUGAGACCAUCGGUGCUGUUUGGUGAAGGGGACAACCAGCUGAUACCACCAAUUCACGCCUGCAUUGCCAAACAAGAGACUCGCUGGGUGAUUGGGGACGCCAGGAAUCUCUGGGACACGACUUACGUUGGCAAUGUGGCUGACGCACACGUUCUUGCCGUCGAAAACCUGUUGGAUUUGCAAUCAGCGGGAUCAAAGCGUGGUUGCAAUGGUCAAACAAGAGCGGAAAGCGCCGCUGGGCAGAUCUUCUUCAUCCAAAACAACGAACCCGUCUCUUUUCGUGAAUUCAGCCUUGCUGUUUGGAAAGAGUUUGGGCAUUUUCCGCCCGCCUGGGAAGUUCACAUUCCAGAAGGACUGGCAUGGGUCUUAGGCUUGGUCGCGGAAGUCUUUACCCGAGUCUCGGGCACUCCAACGACCCUCUCGCGUGGAAGCGUGAUGGACGCCUGCGCGAUGCGGUAUGCCAGUGGUGCUAAAGCCAGGAGGAUCCUCGGCUAUCACCCUCGAGUUGGCCUUGAAGCUGGAAUUAGGACAAGCUGUGAGGUGAGUGCUGCCGUCUCCUCCUCUCCUCGUUUUUGA